ACUGCUCCUGCUGGGGUCUAGGCUCUGAAGGUCCUGCAGCAGGGGUCCUCACGCCGCCUCCCCGGGCCCCGCUUUCUUCCUGGGUACGGGAGGCUCAUCCUCGGUAGUGGGGGGGGGCGGUCCCCUGUCCCAAGAUUCCUCUUCUGCAGUUGCACCUUGCGAUGACCCUGGCCCCCCAGGAUGCCCCCUCCAGGAGAAGAGGAGCAGGGGGGCAUGGCCUCCGCCCGCCAGGAAUUGGUGACAUUCCAGGAUGUAGCCGUGGACUUUACCCCAGAGGAGUGGGGGCACCUGGGCCCUGCCCAGAAGGAGCUGUAUCGGGAGGUGAUGCUGGAGAAUUACCAGAACCUUGUCUGCCUGGGACUUGAAGUUUCCAAACCAGAUGUGAUCUACCAGCUGGAGCAAGGGGAAGCACCUUGGAUCCCAAAGGGAGCAGUUCCAAGAAGUUGCAGCCAAAAUUGGGGAGCUAGGCCUGAAACUAAGGAGUCAGCUCUAAUGCUGAGUAUUUCAGUUGAAGAAUCAUUCCAAGAAAGAAUCACAGGGAAUAAUACCUGUAUCUCCAAAAUGGAAAAAGCCUGGGAAUGUGAUACCAAAUUACAGAAGCAGCAGAGCAAUAAGAAAUGUUCUCAGAAAGUAAAAAUCACCCCAAAGAAAUCUCACAAUAAACUAAGAGUCCAAGAACAUAAUAAAUUUGGCAGAAGCAUCAAUCGGGGGCUAAUCCUUUUUCCACAACAGAGAAUAUAUGUAGGAAAGAGUCUCUGUAAAUAUGAUACCCUUAAAAAGUACUUCAGACUACAUACAGACCUAAGAAAAUAUAGCAGAAUCUGUGCAAAAAAGAUAUUUUCUAAGUAUGAUGAAUGUAGGACAUCUUUCAAGUAUGCAUCAGAGCUCACUGAAAAUCAUAGGUUAUAUACUGGGGAAGAACAUUAUCAAGAUAAUGGAAGUGGGAAAAACUUCCACCAGAGUUUACUGUUUAAUCAACCUAAUAGAAUUCAUACAGGAGAGAAGUUUUAUGAAUGUAGUGAAUGUGGGAAGGCAUUCCAGUGGAGGUCACGGCUUAUUAAACAUCAGAGAAUUCAUACUGGAGAGAAACCUUAUGAGUGUAAUGAAUGUGGGAAGACCUUUCAGCAGAGAGUGCAACUUACCCAACAUCAGACAAUUCAUACUGGGAAGAAGCCUUAUGAAUGUAACGAAUGUGGAAAAGCCUUUCGUCUAAGCACAGGACUUAUUCAUCAUCAGACAAUUCAUACUGGAGAGAAAUCUUUUAAAUGUAAUGAAUGUGGGAAGGCCUUCCCUGUGAGUACAUAUCUUACUCAACAUCAGAGAAUUCAUACUGGAGAGAAACCUUAUAAAUGUAAAAUCUGUGGGAAGGCCUUCCGCCUGAGCACAGGACUUACUCAACAUAAAACAAUUCAUACGGGAGAGAAACCUUACAAAUGUAAUGAAUGUGGGAAGGCCUUCCGCCUAAGAACACAGCUUACUGAACAUCAGACAAUUCAUACUGGAGAGAAGCCCUAUGAAUGUAGUGAAUGUGGGAAGACCUUUCGCCUGAGCACAGGACUUACACAACAUCAGACAAUUCAUACUGGAGAGAAACCAUAUGAGUGCAAUGUAUGUGGAAAGGCCUUCAGUCAAAGGGCAGAUCUUAUUCGACAUCAUAGAAUUCAUACUGGAGAGAAACCUUAUGAGUGUAACGAAUGUGGAAAAGCCUUCCGCCUAAGAACGCAGCUUACUGAACAUCAGACAAUUCAUACUGGUGAGAAGCCUUAUGAAUGUAAUGAAUGUGGGAAAGCCUUUCGCCUGAGCACAGGUCUUACUCAACAUCAAACAAUUCAUACGGGAGAGAAACCUUAUGAAUGUAAGGAAUGUGGGAAAGCCUUCAGUCAGAGGGCAGAACUUACCCGACAUCAUAGAAUUCAUACUGGAGAGAAGAUUUACAAAUGUGAUGAAUGUGGGAAGGACUUCCGAUGGAGCAGAGGACUUACACUACAUCAGAAAAUUCAUAGUGGAGAAAAACCUUAUGAAUGCAAUGAAUGUGGGAAGGCCUUUCCCCUGAGCUCAUAUCUUACUCAGCAUCAGAGAAUUCAUACUGGAGAGAAAUGUUAUAAAUGUGAUGAAUGUGGAAAGGCCUUUCCUUUGAGCUCACAACUUACUCAGCAUCAGAGAAUUCACACUGGAGAGAAACCUUAUAAAUGUAAAGUUUGUGGGAAAGCCUUCCGCCUGAGCCAAGGACUUACUCAACAUCAGACAAUUCAUACUGGUGAAAAACGGUAUGAAUGUAAUGAAUGUGGGAAAACCUUUCGCCAGAGGACAGGACUUACUGAACAUCAGACAAUUCACACUGGUGAGAAACCUUAUGAAUGUAAGGAGUGUGGGAAGGCAUUUCGCUUGAGAGCACAACUUUCCCAACAUCAGAGAAUUCAUACUGGUGAGAAACCUUAUGAAUGUAAUGAAUGUGGAAAGGCCUUUAACCACCGACCAGAACUUAAACGGCAUCACAGAAUUCAUACUGGAGAGAAACCUUAUGAGUGUAAUGAAUGCGGGAAUGCUUUUCGCCUUAGCACACACCUUACUCGACAUAAGAGAAUUCAUACUGGUGAGAAACCUUAUGAAUGCAGUGAAUGUGUUUUGUCAUUUCGCCUGAAGACACAGCUUACUCAACAUCAGAGAAUUCAUACUGGAAAGAAACUCUAUGAAUGUCAUGAUUGAAGGGAGACUUUGUUCCAAAGCAAACACUUUACUUAACAUCAGCUGCUGUUGAAGACAGAAAUCUUGUGAAAAUGAGGAAUGUGGAAGAACCUUUAGCUAGAGCACAAACCUAAAAAUCAGAUAAUUUAUAUUGGAAGGUCAUACGGAUGGUAUGAAUUUGAGGAGUUUCACCCAGACCUUAACUGAAAAUAAGAGAAUUCAAACUAAAGGAUAUUCUAUAGGUUUAGCAAGUUCCAGUGUAGUUUUCAGAGUAGCUGUUCUAAAAUCUUUGUCUCCCUUCUGUGCCUACUUUCCACAAUCCCCAUAUGUACUGCAGGUGAUUUAGACUUAAUCUAUGACAAAAGAGUCACAGUCAAAUAACAGGCUCUCACUUCAGUUUCAUACUCCAGAACUCUUUGGAAUUGUGAAGCAUUCUUCCUUCCCUUUAGUCUGAAAAGAAGAAAUACUCUUUUUCUUUAUGAAUGUGGAAAGGCCUUCAGGCACAAAACAGAACUUAAAUGUUGUCAUAGCAUUCAUACUGGAGCCUUUUCACAAUGAAAAUAGGAAAGCCCUCCACAUAAGCACAUGCCUUAUACUGGAGAGAAAUCUUAUGAAUGGAAUGAACAUGAAGAUUUCAGUCAGAGCUAUCAUUGUUUUUUUUUUUUUAAAUAAGUUUUUAUUGAUAUUUUCUCCUUCUUCCAUCAUAGUUAUCCCAAGUGUUCUUCCCACCUUCCUCUUAGAGAGCUAUCCCAUAGAAUAGUAUUUUCAGAGAGGAAGAAAAAACACAACUGUUCAGUGCAUAGAAUAAUCCCCCAAAUCUGUGCAAUGUGUAACACUUGUCCCUGUGGGCCUCCCACCUCCAUAAUUGGGCAGGUUGGGGAGGGGUUGUCCUCUCAUAUCUUCAUUCUGACCUUGCUGGAUCUUUAUAAUUUUGUUAAUUUCCUUUUGAUGUUUUAGUGUCUCAUCCUUUCAAUUAUUGUUGUUAUAAUUACUGGGUGUUUUUUUGACUCAGUCACAUUUAUCAUUAUUUACUGAAAAUUAGAGAAUCCAGACUAAAGUUGCACAAAUGAGGCAUGUCAAUUACUAUGUACUUCCUCACAGAAGCUUUUCCUUUUCCCUCCUGAAAUCUUCAGUAAUCUCUUUACUGCAGUCUCCAUAUAUACUGUAGAUGGCAUAAGACUAUUUGCUGAGGAAAUUGUGACAAUCUGGUGCUUGCUUAGGCCCCCAUCUCCACUAUUGUAAUGAUCAACCACUCUUCCUUCUAGUCUAGAGGAAGACAGGUAUCCUUGCACCUUGUCAAGGCUAAUUCCUUUUCUCGUGCCUUUGAUCCCACCCCCUCCUUCCAAUUCCAGGACCUCACCCAAGUAAUGAUAUACUCUUGUUAGUUUUCAGGUUAUCCCUCCUAGUCUUUCCUAGUUGCCUACAAUUAAGUUCUUCCACUCUAUAAACAUUCAUGUGCAAUUUCCAAUUGCCAAAUCUUACUGUUUCUAACUCUGUAAUAUUCCACUCACAUAGGACCACCUUAAUUCAGGUUCUUAUCACCAGGCCAAUUAUGAUAACCAUCUAUCUGGUCUCCUGGACUAAAGUGAGUGAAGAAUAUAGAGGGUGUUCCUAAAGUCUGGACACAUAGGCAA